CCUGUGGGAUCUGUUCCCAGCUCUCGUGAUCCACAGGGAGGAGGAAAACCUUGCCGUGUUCAUGUGAGAGAUGGCGAAUGCCGAGGUGAGCGUCCCUGUGGGUGAUGUGGUGGUUGUACCAAGUGACGGGAAUGAAGGGGAGAACCCGGAGGAUACCAAAACCCAGGUGAUCCUGCAGCUCCAGCCGGUGCAGCAAGGGAUUUACCAGGAGGGCUCCGAGGCCAGUGCUGCCGUGGUGGCCGUGGAAACCCACACCAUCCACAAGCUGGAAGAAGGGAUUGACCCCAGCACCCUGGAAACGAGCGAGGAGAUCGAGAUCGCCUACCCCAUCACCUGCGGGGAGAGCAAGGCCAUCCUGCUCUGGAAGAAGUUUGUCUGUCCAGGAAUCAAUGUCAAGUGUGUGAAGUUCAAUGACCAGCUGAUCAGCCCGAAGCAUUUUGUUCACCUGGCUGGGAAAUCCACCCUGAAGGACUGGAAAAGGGCCAUUCGCCUCGGAGGGAUCAUGCUGAGGAAGAUGAUGGAUUCGGGGCAGAUUGACUUCUACCAGCACGACAAAGUUUGCACCAACACGUGUCGGAGCACCAAGUUUGAUCUCCUGAUCAGCAGCGCCCGAGCGCCGGUGCCGGGGCAGCAGAGCGUGGUGCAGACCCCGACCUCAGCUGAUGGGAGCAUCACCCAGAUCGCGCUGUCGGAGGAGAGCAUGGAGGAGGGCAUCGAGUGGAACUCGGCUCUCACAGCUGCUGUCACCAUGGCCACUGAGGAGGGCAUCAAAAAGGACACUGAUGAGAUCUCAGAGGACACGCUGAUGUUCUGGAAGGGAAUAGCUGAUGUGGGGCUGAUGGAAGAAGUGGUGUGCAACAUCCAGAAGGAGAUAGAAGAAGUCCUAAGAGGGGUGCAGCAGAGGUUGGGGCAGUCUCCCUUCCAGAUGACAGAUGCUGCUGUCCUGAACAACGUUGCCCACACAUUUGGUCUAAUGGACACAGUCAAGAAGGUUCUGGACAACAGAAAAAACCAGACAGAGCAAGGAGAGGAGCAGUUUCUUUACACACUAGCAGACCUGGAGCGGCAGCUGGAAGAGCAGAAGAAACUCGCCCGGGACCAGAAGGCCAAGUCCCAGACCAUCCAGAACGUGGUGCUGAUGCCCGUGAGCGCUCCCAAGCCCCCCAAGAGACCCCGCCUGCAGCGCCCAGCCUCCGCCACCGUGCUGAGCCCCUCCACCCCCCUGCAGCAGCCCCAGUUCACCGUCAUCUCCCCCAUCACCAUCGCGCCCGUCGGGCAGCAGUUCUCCGUGGGCAACAUCCCCGUGGCCACCAUCAGCCAGGGCUCCAGCCCCGUGACUGUGCACACGCUGCCCUCCGGCUCCCAGCUCUUCCGAUACGCCACCGUGGUGUCCUCCUCCUCCUCCUCCUCCUCCUCCUCCAAGACCAGCUCCUCGGACACGGUGACCCUGCACCCGUCCUCCAGCCUGGCGCUGCUGAGCUCGGCGGCCAUGCAGGACAGCGGGGCCCUGGCCAACGUGGCGGCUGUGGUCAACCCCGUGGAGCUGGUGGCCAUGGAGUCGGGCAUCACCUCCACCAUCCAGGCCGUGGAGGGCACCUCGGACGACGGGCAGACCAUCAUAGAGAUCGACCCGGCGCCGGAUCCCGAGGCGGACGCGGACGAGCCCGAGGGCAAAGCUGUGAUCCUGGAGACGGAGCUGAGGACUGAGGAGAAAGUGGUGGGAGGAGACGUGGAGGACCACCAGCACCAGGUCCAUAACGUGGAGAUUGUGGUCUUGGAGGACUAGUGGGGAAGGCAAAGCAUCAGUUUGGGGAAGAGUUGGGAAUUUAUCUUAUUUCAGGCUUCUUUUUUUUUUUUUUUUGUUAAGCAUCUUUUCCGGCCACCCCAUUUGUUUCCAUGGAUAUUUUCAUUGUCCUGUAUAUAAUAUAUAUAUAUAUAUAUAUAAUUUUGUUUUUUAAAACA